GGCUGUUGUGUGGCGUCACCAUCCGGGACCAGCCUGGACCGGCAGUUUGACGGGUUGAUGGUGUGCUGCCAUGGAAACGACUAGAGCGCCAACCUCACUGGCAACAUGUCCGCGGGAGUGACACGUCGUGAAAAGAAAGAGCAACCCGAAGUAAGGGACAACAAGCUACAGAAACAGGAAACGGGUUUCCUCCGGUGGGAAGCGGCGCCACACCGACGAGUCGAAGCGCUGCUGUCAAACACCAGGGACGAGCUUCAGCUUGAAAUGACAGAGAUUCUGGGCUUCGGGAACCAUCACGUCUGUAUGAAGGAAGCUGCCCUGCUGGAUUACUACGUCUGUGGUUUCUGGUGGGCAAAAGAGGCCAAUUUCACCCCCAAACAGACCUCCUUCACCAUGGCUGUACUGCACAUGCUGCUGGAUAACAUAAGAGAGAAAUGGUUGCCUUUAGUGGAGAACUUGAUGGAGUUUGCUAAGGCCCUAGGUGCUGCCAGCCAGUGCCGGACUUCAGAGGAAGACACCACUCCACUUCUUGACGAAGAAGAAGCCACGGCGCUCAUAAGUUACAUCAGAAACAGUCUGUUUCAGAAGUACAGACUCUAUGAGCUUCUCUUCACCACAUCCAGAGAGGAGUUACUGACGGGCACGGAGAGGACCAUCGAAGUGUUUGCCUGCCAAGGUGCUCUUACUCCAUUGGAGGAAGGCAUUCCCACUAACCUCUACUCCCAAUAAGUGGCUCUGCUCCUGGCAUCCAGAGAAAUGAAGAGGUGGCGAUAAACGGGCGGAUGGAUGGAUGGCAUCAGUGCAAGCAAAGACUUGCGAUUCCUUUGUUGUCCACCGUGGGGCGCCGUCUUUCUGUGGCAUCAGACUGCAGACAAUCAGUCCACACCUCAGUGUUGCUUUGUUUCUCCACCUUUCACACAACACCUCUCAUCAGAUCACUUCACAUGGAUAAAUUAAUUGAUCAUUCAUUGUGAACUAGGCUAGUAUCCAGACUUUGUAUGGGUCAAGUGGUAUAUAACAAUAGCACAGAGGGUUACGCAUGGUAAGGUGUGCCCGUUCAUUGUUUUCUCCCCAAAAGAUGGGCUUCCUGUUUACAAAGAAAUAAUAAUAAAACAACCCUCUUCUGAAAUA